AUGCAGCGGAACAAGAACUCUUUCCUGGCAGUCAGCGGGGCUCUCGUUCUUUUGCUUGUGCUAUUCUAUGUUGUUGGCCCCGGUUCCGAUCUAGCGUCCAGGGACAACAACGUACCGGUCUCCGUGCACAACGCACAUGGCACCGUGUACGAGAGCGAGACCACCGACGACUUUGGCGUUAUAAAAUAUACCCACACAAGGCUAGCAGCCUCAUCCGAUCUCCUCUGGCUCACCAUCACCUAUGACAACACAUCAUGGGGUCACAACCCUGAGCCUGACAACAGCAUACGAUGCGUUCACGACCUUUUGAACAUUAUAAGCGCGCAACAUGAUGUGGAAAAGACGUCAUUGGGGCUCCUAACGAGCUCAAUGGACGAAUAUCACCAAUACAAAGAGGCCGUUACCGAGUACGCGUUCGCAAGAGUGACGAUCUUCAUGCACACAGGCUUCAAUGAUGGGCCAACUGUCGCUCGUGAGCACCGCCACGACGGCGAUGUGCAGACGUUGCGUCGCGCCGAAAUCUCGAAGCUGCGAAAUUAUCUCAUGCUGCAAACAUUGCGUGAAGAGGCGCACAUUGUCUGGCUCGACGCAGACGUGUUUCGCCUGGAUGAUGGCAUCGUGGACCGCAUCCUGAGGCACGUGCGGGCGCGAGAUGAUAUCGGUAUCAUCACGGCGCGCUGCUCCCUGGGCGGUAUGUACAAUUACGACCUGAAUGCCUGGCGUGGAACCCGAGAAGGGCCGAGGGGCUGGGAUCUGGAUCAGAAGGAGAUUGACGCUGGGGAGAUGGACCUUCAGGGGCAAUAUCACGUCGACAAGCUCAUUAAGGAUACAUCAGACGAUGACCUUCUGGCGCUGGACACAGUGGGUGCGACGCUUCUGUACCUGCGCGCUUCGCUCAUUUGGCGCGGGCUAAAUUUCCCGCAUCAGUAUGUUGUGGGCACGCGGUGGAUGAAGGACGGCUGGGAUGGCAUCGAGUCAGAAGGUUUAUGCUAUCGUGCCAGAGGUCUGAAAGGCGGGAAGUGCAUGGUGCUGGGAGGAAGGUGGCACGUGGAGCAUACGACGGAUUGA